AUGUCCCAAGUUCGCAGUCAAAUCGUCUGUUGUACCGCAGCCUCGACACACUGUUCCAGCCUCUGGGCCAAUCACACGUUGACACACAUUCGACGCCGUCAACGUGGACCAAACCGAUCCAGCUUGGUCUUCAGAGCCCAAGCUUGCAAUCCUCGAAACCGGUUGGCACCAUACCAGGAUUUCUACAAGAAGGGCCAUGCUCGCAACGCUCAUGGUCUUGAGAUGACCGCUCUCUCUCCCUCGCGCCCUCCCUUCCCGAACCUGGCCACCAAAUCUACCUCGACUGCUCAGUCUUCUCAACUCAAUGCCCUGGCCGACAACAAGGGCGCCUCUGGACGUCCGUCCUCUCGCACCGUCCCUGUCACCACCACAUCCUCAGAAGCAGCCACUUCCGAAAGAGCGACUUCGAACUUGAUUCGAAAGACCCUGGUAUCAGAAGGACAACAUGCAACAUCAGACUUGAGGUCAACAUCCCCCACCCUCAUCGACGCCAUCCUACCUCCUCUCACGAGCUCCAAUGAUAUUGAUGUGCAGCUCUAUGCCAUUGUCGCCAUCAUCAUCAAAGACUUUGUGAAUUCAUGGUAUACAAGGAUCACUCCCGAUCGGGUCUUUGUCGAUGAAGUCGUUCAGAUCAUUGCUCACUGUAGUCGGGCAGUCGAGCAGAGGAUUAGAGGCAUCGACAUGAGUGAGUUGAUCUUGGACGAAUUGCCGUCGGUGGUGGAAAGACAUGUCAUUGCCUAUCGCACCGCCAGUGCCACUUCGGCCGCCUUGCAGUACGGAGACAGUCCCCGCCGAGUCUACCAUGCUUUGAAUCCACAUCCAGCCCUCGACCCUUCCCUCCCAGAGGACGACCGGCUCAAUCACGAAUCUGCCUACCGGCAACUACUCGUCCAAGGCGCUCUGGCACUUCUCCUACCGACCGAGGACCUUACUAAUGCAUGUCUCAGAGCCUUGGUGACUGAUAUCAUCGCCGACCUGAUACUGGGUCGGGCCGUGGCUGACAGACUGUGUCAACCAUGGUUCAUUCACGGCAUUGUCUCCAAGCUGGUCGAGGUCGUAACAUCGUCUGCCAUCGGUGAAACACAUGCCGACCAGAGCUCCUCCCAGAAACAUGAUCGCAUGAGUCGACUCGAGAAGUUUGGCCUAUUACCGUCGAAUAACGCUGUUCAACCACUCGAUUCGCCGGUCAAGCACCAAUCGCCCUUUAGCGCGUGGGCUUGGAGACUUCUCCAAUACGUCUUUGUUGCAUAUCAAACUAUACGAUUCUUCCUCCUCGGAAUGGCUCACGCGCGCCAUCUACCCAGGAGAUCCUACUACCACCAGCAGCACCAGCACCCACAGCGGGUCAAAUCCCUCUCCACGCUUUCCUCUUCCUCGUCCUCGCGGUCGACAGAACCGCCCACCUCGUCGAUGCAACGCCAUCACGACGCCAGUCACCUUCUCCCUCGAGCAGUGCUCGACUAUAGGCUAUUCUCGUGCAUCUCCACCAUUCUGGAUUUGUCGCUCCGCAUGCCAUGGCUGCUCGCCGGAUUCAGCUUCUGGCAGCAUCUCCUCUGUGCAGGACCCGGAAAACAUGGGGCUGUGGAUUCGACUCUUGACAAGUAA